AGCAACCAGACGAUCAGUUCUAUCCUCGAAAUUGGGGACGUCGCGUAUCAAAAGAGCUCUGCUGUGACUGUUUUUUGUGUGAGAAAACCGCAGUCCGCAUGUGAAAAACCCCAACGCGCGUGUGGAAAAACUACCAGUUAGCGGAGGAGUGUGCCAAUCGGAUUUCGGCGAAAGUACUAGCCGGCCGAAGUGGAAGAUAAUCCAUCCCGCCUAACCGCAAGCUGUAGCGGUUCAGCAAAGAAAAACAUUGAAGUUGAUAAGUCGAUUGUCUGGUACGCAGUUCACCUGGAUUCAAUUUCCAACCCUGCACAUAGUUAAAAGCUUUAGCGAGCCAUCCGGUCCAACCCGCACCAGAAUGGGAUCGAUGUUCCGAAGCGAAGAGAUGGCCCUGUGCCAGAUGUUCAUCCAACCGGAAGCGGCCUACACAUCUGUAUCGGCACUGGGUGAGAUCGGAGCGGUUCAGUUUCGCGACCUGAACGCGGACGUCAACGCCUUCCAGCGGCGGUUCGUCAGCGAGGUACGCCGCUGUGACGAAAUGGAACGAAAAAUCCGCUACGUAAAGGCCGAAAUGAAAAAGGAUAACAUUAAGAUAGCGGACAUCUACGAGGACCUACCGUACGCGCCGAAUCCACGCGAGAUCAUCGAUCUGGAGGCACACCUGGAGAAGACGGAAAGUGAAAUCAUGGAACUGUCACAGAAUGCGAUUAACUUGAAGUCCAACUUUCUCGAGCUGACGGAGCUGAAGAAUGUGCUGGAGAGAACGGACAGCUUUUUCUCCGAACAGGAGGAUGCUGCCAACUUGGAAGCUACCAGGAACAAUCUGAUCAUUGACGAUACGGCGAACGCUCGCGUUGGUGGUCAUCUGGCUUUUGUGGCCGGCGUUAUCCAGCGGGAGAAGGUACCCGGCUUUGAACGGAUGCUGUGGAGAAUUUCUCGGGGAAAUGUUUAUCUGAGACAGGCGGAAUUGGAGAUACCCUUCGAAGAUCCAUCUACGGGCAGCAAAAUCUACAAAACCGUGUUCGCCGCUUUCUUCCAAGGUGACCAACUGAAGGCCAGAAUCAAAAAAGUUUGCACAGGUUACCACGCUUCGCUCUAUCCAUGUCCCAGUUCGGCGGAAGAGCGCGACGAAAUGGUGAAAGGUGUUCGCAUCCGGUUGGAAGAUUUGAACAUGGUUCUCAACCAAACCCAGGAUCAUCGUUCGAGGGCACUGGCCACGGUCGCGAGGGAACUGCCACGUUGGCGGAUCAUGGUGAAGAAAAUGAAGGGAAUCUAUCAUACGCUGAAUCUGUUCAACAUGGACGUGACGAAGAAGUGUUUGAUCGGUGAAUGCUGGGUUCCGGUGUUGGAUCUGCCGCUGGUACAGAAAGCUUUGACGGAGGGAUCGGCUGCGGUUGGAAGUACUAUACCGUCGUUUUUGAAUGUUAUUGGAACGGAUGAAGCCCCACCGACGUUCAAUAGGACCAACAAGUUUACGCAAGGUUUUCAAAAUUUGAUCGAUGCCUACGGUAUUGCUUCUUAUCGGGAGGCAAAUCCGGCUCUGUAUACGACAAUAACUUUCCCGUUUUUGUUCGGUAUUAUGUUUGGGGAUUUUGGUCACGGAAUAAUAAUGGCUUUGUUUGGGUUUUGGAUGGUGAGCGGUGAGAAAAAGUUGGGCAUGAAAAAAUCUACCAAUGAAAUAUGGAACAUUUUCUUCAGUGGGCGCUACAUAAUCCUACUCAUGGGAUUGUUCUCCAUGUACAACGGUUUCAUGUACAACGACGUGUUUUCUAAAUCGAUGAACAUUUUCGGAAGUUCGUGGAGCAUCCACUAUAACACGUCCACUGUAAUGAGUAAUAAGGAGUUAGUUCUGAACCCCAGUUCAUCUGAUCUGAGUGCCCGCCGUAUUUAUCCGGUCGGAUUGGAUCCGGUAUGGCAGCUCGCUAGUAACAAAAUUAUUUUCCUGAAUUCCUAUAAGAUGAAACUGUCGAUCAUUUUCGGCGUGGUUCAUAUGAUAUUCGGAGUCUGCAUGAGUGUAGUGAAUUACAACUUUUUCAAAAGACGCAUCAGCAUCGUACUGGAAUUCCUGCCUCAGAUUAUUUUCCUGGUUCUACUGUUCGCAUACAUGGUGUUCAUGAUGUUCCUGAAGUGGAUCCAGUACACGGCCAAAACCGACUUCCAACCGCAUACGCCGGGAUGUGCUCCCUCGGUUCUGAUCAUGUUCAUUAACAUGAUGCUGUUUAAAAAGUCCGAACCGUUGCAUGGUUGUGAGGAGUACAUGUUCUCCUUCCAGGGUACGCUGCAAUUGACGUUCGUUUUCAUCGCCCUUAUUUGUAUUCCAUGGAUGUUGUUGGGGAAACCUUUAUACAUAAUGUUUAGUAAGAAGAACAAGGAGCCUCAUCAGAACGGCAGCAUCAAUACACCAAUCGAAGAAACGGAAGCAGCGAAAUCGGCCGCUGUAGUUCCGGCCGAGCACGAAGAGGAACCGAUCAGCGAAAUUUUUAUCCAUCAGGCAAUCCAUACGAUUGAAUAUGUGCUGAGCACUGUGUCGCACACGGCGUCCUAUCUGCGUCUGUGGGCACUUUCACUUGCCCAUGCUCAACUAUCGGAAGUUUUGUGGAAUAUGGUUCUUUCCAUAGGACUGAAGCAAGACUCCUACAAGGGAGCAAUCAUGCUUUAUUUGGUAUUUGGGGCGUGGUCCUUCUUCACUUUGACAAUUCUCGUUAUGAUGGAAGGACUUUCAGCGUUCCUGCACACGCUGCGUCUACAUUGGGUCGAGUUCAUGAGCAAAUUUUAUCAAGGAUUAGGAUACGUUUUCCAGCCGUUUUCCUUCAAACUGAUCCUCGAUAGUGAUGACGACAUCGAAUAGGAGAUCAUAAUCCGACAAGUGUCUUCAUUCGCGGCGAAAUGCUACAGUAGGUCCGACAAACCCGUGCACAUCUUAGGAAUUCUACAUAGUUCGGUUUUUUUAUAACUUGAGAACUUACUUAUUAAGCAUUUGACUGCAUCACGAACCUUCAGUUUUAGAGGACUUUAAAAGUGAAAUAAAACAAGU